GUCACGUUAACUACCGCAUCUCGUGCUUUUCUUGUUUGGCGAAUGCUUCCGUUCAAGCUAAAACCAACAGCAUUUUAAAUAGCUGCGUUAAUGCAUUGUCGACGAAUUGAACAAGUAUAUAUUUUUAAAGAUGCCCCAAAAUGGUUAAAGUCGAGUCGUUCUUCCGGUUCGCUUCCGGUUUCCACGUCUCGCGUUUGGCACGAGCACGUUUACAGCUGCGCUUAUUUCUGCUCAAACCCGCACACUUUCAUAACUUCUCGAGUCUCAGCAAAUAUCCGCAAGCUCAGCUGGUCACUUAGUCGAUCAGGUAGUACAAGUCUUCUUUUCGUUCCAGUCGCUGCUAAUACAGUACUAUACCUGCGCGCGCUGAGUGUCGCUAUGUGGUGAUGGAGAGAGACUUGCUCAGACAGUCUGUGUCGUAUCAUGGGGGAAACCUGCUGGCGCUGUUAACAUGCGAGCAAAGGGAGAACCCAGACUUCAAAUAUGUGGCUGCUGCUGAUCUCUCCAAAACUCUCAAUCAAAGGGAUACAGAAGAGGCGAGUCCUGUCCUGGAGCAGUUCAUAGCAAGGAAAGCUGAUCUUCUGUUUGCAGCGUCGUGGAAGACCUCUACACCAGCAGAUGAACGGCCGGACGAACCUGGAGAUGCACACGCCGUCAUGCCUCCGCUGGAGCAGUUCAUGGAGGUGUGUGUUGAGGAGAGACGGGAGCUCUUCUACAGAGACGUGGAGCGUGGAGACCUGGUUAUUGGAAGGAUCAAUUCGGUGCGAGACUUCGGCUUGUUCGUAACUCUUCUCUGCACUGCUGGAGGACUGGAACGAGAUAUUGAGGAUCUUGAGAUAAAGUCUGUGUCGUAUCAUGGGGGAAACCUGCUGGCGCUGUUAACAUGCGAGCAAAGGGAGAACCCAGACUUCAAAUAUGUGGCUGCUGCUGAUCUCUCCAAAACUCUCAAUCAAAGGGAUACAGAAGAGGCGAGUCCUGUCCUGGAGCAGUUCAUAGCAAGGAAAGCUGAUCUUCUGUUUGCAGCGUCGCGGAAGACCUCUACACCAGCAGAUGAACGGCCGGACGAACCUGGAGAUGCACACGCCGUCAUGCCUCCGCUGGAGCAGUUCAUGGAGGUGUGUGUUGAGGAGAGACGGGAGCUCUUCUACAGAGACGUGGAGCGUGGAGACCUGGUUAUUGGAAGGAUCAAUUCGUUUUUUCUGCUUAGACUUGAAGAGGAAGAAAAGUUGGUGACUGCUGAGGGUCUCUACAAAAGAGCCACUGUGUUAGAUGACACGUUUCAAGAGGCUGCAGAAGCCCUGGCGAAACUUCAGUUACGUAUCCAGAAAUCGCUUAAACUGAAAGAACAGGAAGCUGCCAAAGAGCAGGAACAAACUAAGACUGUGGAGACAAGUGCAGAGAAAUUGCGUAAGAUCCUAAAAGAAGAGAGAAGAAUGAAGAAGAAAAGGAAGAGGUCGACCUCGUUCUCUACAUCUUCAGAUACGUCCUCAACUACAAGCGACGACUCGCCUCCAUCGAGUCGCAAAAAACCGAAGAAACGGAAACACAAGCGCCGGCGCUCAUCUCGCGGCAGUAAAAAACACAAGAGGAGAGUGUCGUCUUGUAGUGAUAAAACGGCGGAAGCUGACACAGAGUGGUUUCCCGCUCCUGCUAACACCUCCGCUUCCUACAUCGACCAGAAACAAUCCAUAAGCAAACUCAUCAGCGAAGGAGAACAGUCUUGGGGCAAAAGCCGACACGAAGACGGCAGAGGUAAGUUAGAUGAUGCUAUCGACAGAAGCCUGGAGAACGUCACGUAUGGAGCCCAGCCUGAAGCGUCUAGACUGGGACGUCCUGGUGUGAACGGCCAAGUUACAGAUCGACACAGGACUCCGAGCACGUCUGAGCAUGCCAGAAACCGGAGGGAUUCUUCCUCCUCAACCCAGUCCGAAUACUCCCACAGAUCUGAGCGACACACUAAGGAAUUUUCCUCGCAAGGCAGAAAACGUAGCGAGUCGGAGCGAGGGGGGAAUGAGAAGAUGGAUAGAGAGGAGAGAAAUAGUCGAGAUCAAGAUGAUGGCGGGAAGUCUUCAGGUCUAACCCUCAAAAAAGAUGUCCCUUCCAACUUGCUUGACAUUUUCAGUCAAGUCUCUGAAUUUGAGAAGGAAAAAAUGCUGAAAAAGUAAAAGAGCUGUCAAGAGUAACACUAGUGGGGCUUUCAUUACUAGAACUAGCAGGUUUAACCCUCAAGUAUAGCGAUUGAUAUAUAUGAUAAUGUAGGUUGAUCAGAACUGUUUAGUUUCAUAAUUUGAGGUUAGAUUUGUUUGUAGAGGGGAAAGGGGGAGCAAAGCCAAAAUUUGUGAGGUGAAUGAUGCCUCGGUAUUAUAACUUGCAUUCAGUAUAAUGUCAGUGUUCAAAUAAAUGAAUGUAAUGGUCAUGGUUUGCUCUGUCUGUUGAAAUGUUAUUAACUGUAUAUUAAAGGUAUAAAUGGUUUCCUACGGGAUGCAAAGUGGUCUUCCAGCAGGGUUUCGGAAAGCCAAAUCAUCAACUAAGCCAAAAGUUUUAGGAUUUAACACAAAGCAGACUUGGAGAAAUAUGCUCUGGUCAAGCUUAACAACUUAAGGUUCAGUUUAAUGCUCUUUGUUGAUAUAAUGAAUUAUUAAAAUUU